GUUUCUCUCGGACCGAGAGCCCAUCAGAGGGAACGUGGGACACACAUGACAAGACUGAGCCCACAGACAGCAUGUCAUCGUUAUUUGUCCCUACUUUAGACACCACUCGGGAUGCAUCGCACAGUUGGUAGGUUUUUUUGUUUGUUCCCCCACGCGCUAACCCGAAAAAUUCGCACACUUCAGAUUUUCUGGACGGCCCCUCGGUGAUCUCCCGCAUAUCAUUUUGUACCAGAAAUGCUGUUUUUUCAACAGCUGAGCCGUCGUACCAAGCUGCCGGCCACAUGUGGAUUGUCGCAAGGCGGAACGGAAGAGCUGCACUCGAUCUCGCGGACGGUGGUGUGAUUUACCCGAUUCGUUUGGAUUCAUUGUGUUUCCGGGAUCGUACCCAAGCAAGUCUACGCACAGCUGACGGGGACGUUGGAGAAAGGCAAUCCGCAGAGUAGUGUCUAUUCCCCCCCCCCCCACGGCGGGCUGGGAAUAACCCCGGACAAUGCUUCAGUGUUCCAGCUGUGAGAAGCCUAUUCUCGAUAGGUUCCUGCUCAAAGUUCUGGACAGACCGUGGCACAUCAAGUGUGUCCAGUGCUGCGAAUGCAAAUGCACUUUGUCAGAGAAGUGUUUUUCACGAGAAGGGAGACUGUAUUGUAAGAAUGACUUCUUUAGGACGUUUGGGACCAAGUGUGACGGUUGUGCCCAAGGGAUUUUACCCAGUGAUCUGGUCCGCAGGGCCAAGAGCAAAGUGUUUCACCUGAACUGUUUCACGUGCAUGAUGUGCAACAAACAGCUGUCCACCGGAGAGGAACUGUACAUCCUGGACGAAUUCAAGUUUGUUUGCAAGGAGGACUAUCAGAAUAACAAUGGAAAAGACACAAUCCUCCUUUCAGUCACGACGUGCAGCGACCCGAGCCUCUCUCCGGGAUCCCAGGACCCGCAGGACGACGGCAAGGACUCGGAAGCGGGACAUUUGUCCGACAAAGACAGCAGCAACAACAACAACAACAACGAGAAUGACGAGCAGGGCGCCGUCGGGAAACGACGCGGGCCUCGGACCACCAUAAAAGCCAAGCAGCUGGAGACCCUGAAAGCGGCUUUCGCGGCUACGCCGAAGCCCACCAGGCACAUCAGGGAGCAGCUGUCCCGCGAGACCGGCCUCACCAUGAGAGUCAUCCAGGUUUGGUUCCAGAAUCGUCGCUCCAAAGAGAGGCGCAUGAAGCAGCUGAGCUCUCUGGGCGGCCGCAGACACGUGUUCUUCCGCGGCCAGAGGAGGAUGAGGGCGCUGGGAGAGAGGCUGGAGGCAGAGGAGCUUGGACACUUCUCCUAUUAUGGAGACUAUCCCGGUGAAUACUAUGGCUCAGGGGGGAAUUAUGAGUACUACCAAGGCCCACCCUCGUCCCAUGCUCAGACUCCUGCAGACUUGGGUUUUGUGCCCUCCUCUGUGCCCGCUGGUACCCCGUUAGGAGCAAUGGACCACCACCACCCAGGGCACCAUUUUCCCGGAGAGGUGCACUGUUUCUCUGACACGGUCUCUCACCACCCAGCGGACUCACCCAGUCCGGAGCCCAACAUGCCGGGCUCAAUGCACAGCAUCUCCAGCGAGAUGUGUGGCCCCAGCACGCCCUACACGACUGUCUCCCUCAGUGACAACGGAUACACCAACCAGCUGUCACAGCCCUCCUCAGAAAUGAGCGAAGGCACUGUCUGGUGAACCGGCCCGGCACCAAACUACAAAGGCACACUUGGAUUUUGAAGGCAAAUCUACUUCAAGUCAUUUUUUUUGAUGAUUUAUUUAUUUGUUUGUUUAAUUGUCUUAUUUAUUUAUUUAUCCGCUUGCAUUUUUGUUAAGCUAUAUUUAAGUAUUUAUAAAUCUCUAUAUUUGUAUGUGGUUAUAAUUGUUUAUUGACUAGCCAAUCGAUAGAUUGUUUUAAUGUAAAUUUGACUCAUAAAUACGUUCACAGUGCUGGGCCUCAUUGAUCAAGCAAUAAACAAACAUAUUUA